UUUGUUGGGAGGUGCAUUCAAAACAAAACAGGCAUCCGGCUGCUCCCGCAAAAAGGCUUCAUAUUCGUUUGUUAUCAAUAGUUUUCCUGUCGAAAUUUGAUAAUACAUAUGCGCCAGUUCUCUACAUUUUAGUGGUGUUUUUCUGUCAUAUUUGGUCAUACUUUUGUCACACCCAACAUAAUGUGUUUUUUUCUACUUUGUUUUCUAGAUUCGUUCAGGAACCGAGACACAACUCAAAGCGACACCGAUGUCAUAUACCCAAGAGAUGAUCCACGUGCAAGCAGAAGUCAUCAAAACUUUGGAUUCAUGGAUCCUCCACCACGAUAUGAGCAAAUAUUCAAGCGAGGAGGUGGUACUCCAUCAGUCAUCACAACCAGAGAAGCUCCUAGCGUAACGAGAUCUACAGGAGAUGGAAGUCUGCCGCCAAGUUAUGAACAAGCUGCGUUAAACGCUAGAAGAGAGAGUCGCCCCCAACUGCCACAAGGCACUCUCCGGGAAGUUCCGCUGACCGCGAUUGACAUGGAACACCCCGCCAUGUCAACACCGUCUUCUACAGUUUUGGACAUGGAAUCCGAGAUCACAAAUAUUACGAACCAUGCUCAAGCAUGUGUACACAGAUACGACGCAAGUCAUGCCAAUGAGGUUACUCGAACUGCCGUUGCAGUUACCACAGAAUCCCCGGCUCCAGCCCAAAGCACUUCAAAUGCUCUUCCAGAACUUGAAGCACCAGAAGGUGGACCACCUGGAUAUGAUACAAUUAGUCUCCACAAUGAGACAGUUUCAACUCGAUAAGCACGUCCAAUCUCAUCUUUUUAUUGUGAUUUUAGGUUUAAAUUGAUCUCACAAAUGCUCAUUACCAUUCUCAAAAUUUCUUUGACACUAUUUUCGACUCCUCCAAACCCAUUUGCCUAUCACGUUUGCCAUUUUUUUGUCUGUAUUCGGUUAUUGCAUAAUUUUUCAUUUUGUUUUGUCAAGAGUGAAAUAAAAUUUAUUAAAAAUUGU